GGUGAAGCAGCCGCCGGCCGAAGGGGCCAAAUCCAACCCGUCCAAACGGCACAGAGACCGGCUGAAUGGCGAGCUGGAGCGGCUGGCCAGCCUGCUGCCUUUCCCUGAAGAGGUCACCGCCAGUCUGGACAAGCUCUCCAUCCUCCGGCUGAGCGUCAGCUACCUGCGCGCCAAGAACUUCUUCACCGUCACCCUGAACAGUCGUAACGGAGCGACUCCAGCUGGUGUGAAUGAUGACGACAGCAAAACAGCAGCAGUGGCGGAGACCAAGAUCCCAGAAGGAGAACUGUUGCUGCAGGCUCUCAACGGCUUCGUCCUGGUCAUCACCGCCGGUGGAACCAUCUUCUACUCCUCUCACACCAUCCAGGACUACCUGGGCUUCCACCAGACGGACGUCAUGCACCAGAGUGUGUAUGAACUGGUCCACACCGAGGACCAGCAGGAGCUCAGGAGAAACCUGCACUGGGCUUUGAAUCCUCCUGCUGCUGCAGCUGCCAUCACCCAGGACUCGCCCCAAGGUUGCCGUAAAGUUUGUGAGUAA